AUGGGCGUCGCGUGUGGUGGAGAGAUGCUCUGCACGACAAGGGUAGAGGAUGCCAGUGCCUCAAAUAACGGUCGUGGUCUUGAGAAGAGCAGCAGUAGCCGCCAUGCAGCAGCAGCGCCUAACAACGCCGCCCCCCAGAAUCUGUUGAGCGACGACGUGAGCCAAGAUGCGGGGCCACGGCGCACGUCCACAAACGGCUCCCAGAGUAAGCGCGUUCAGUGGAAAGAGCCAAUAUCCGAAAUCAUGCCUUCUAGGGCAUUGGCAGACAGACGGCGCGAGGAAUCACCGAUACCCGCGCCAUACGUGGAUUCUCCGACCCUCUCGUCGUCCGAUGUAUCGUGGGCCUCCUUGGUGCACGACCCCGUGCCCGUCUUUGCACCACAAGUGACACGGAGGGCAUCGUCUCCAGUUUUUAGGCUGGAUCCUGCGGAGGGGCGGCGCCCCACGAAGAAGCCCCACUGGAACGACGACGAAAGGCCUACCACAGAUACGUCUUCCACGCCGGACGACAUAUCGCCGUCGAGGUACAGAGGGAAUUUAGAAAAGUAUGUCCGUGAAUGGCGAAAGCAAGCGGCAUCCGAGGCCAACAAGCCCCAAAGUUCCGGCACACCAUCAUCCGCUGUUGGGUCGCUAGACACCAAACGUGGAGCGCGGUGCGUGAACAAGCCCCCAUCUUUGCCGACACACAAAAACGCCGCCCACAAGAUGGAUACGAAGGACAACAUCGCUAACACUUCGAACAGCCAGGCUCGAAAAAAGAGGCAUGGUACCCACGCCUCGGAUAAGAAUCAUCUGCAUCAGCAGUUCAAUAGGUCCGGCGACAGUAGUGAAGAUGGUAAUCUCCAUACCUUCUCAAGAAACUCGCCUGUGUUCUUUCUUGAAUAUACACAGCUCAAUGCAGACAUCAACUCCAGCAAAACGAGCAACAUUGGUGGAGUCGACAACAGUAACACCUCGUGGGGCGCCGAAACUACUGCUUCUUUUCGCAACGCGUCGGCGCCUGUCCUACGGUGCCGGCGCAAGCCGCGGGUCAUGUUCUCAGACAAUGUGGUGUUUGUGGAUGAAAACGAGGAGGUUCUGGAUGGGAGCCUUGUGGAUACGGAUAUGCAUCGAGCAUGUAGUUCAAAACGUGCAGGAAGCAGUGCGGUGUUGCUGCCGCUGCAGCAACGAACGAAUGGGCAAAGCACAAGGUAUUAG